GGAGGGGGAGGAGGAGGAGGAGGAGCAGGAAAAGGAGGAAAAGGCCAGGCGAGGCUGCCAGCGCCAGUGCGAUAAGAUGGCGUCAUGCGUGUUGUCGCCGUGCAGGAGGACGUAGAGAAAGGACGGCGGCAAGAAGGCCCAGGUCGAUUUACACGAGGUCGGCAACGACAGUGAUGGUGAUUGCGGAUCCUCGAUGUGACUUGGUGAAAGGCUUGCGGAGCAACGUCAUCUAGCCAACUCGUAGCAUAUAGGAAGACAAUCGUCUAGAUGCCUUUGUUAUUGGAAAAUCGACACCGAGGCUGCGACUCAUAGCCUAGAGUAAAAGUUCCCGUUCAUCGACAAAACUGCCUCUCUACGUUCUCUGAAGAUAUAUACGUAUGUAUAUAUAUGUCUUCGAAGAGUAUUGUAUAGACCAGCAGGUAUAUACACAUAUAUAGAGAAUCAUGAGGGAGUUUAAAGUGGUGGUGCUGGGCUCAGGUGGAGUGGGAAAAAGUGCACUCACUGUGCAGUUUGUGUCCGGCUGUUUUAUGGAGAAGUACGAUCCAACGAUCGAAGACUUCUAUAGGAAGGAGAUCGAGGUAGAUAAUUCGCCAUGCGUUUUGGAAAUUCUGGACACUGCGGGAACCGAGCAGUUUGCCAGCAUGCGAGAUCUCUACAUCAAGAAUGGCCAAGGCUUCGUGGUGGUUUAUAGCUUAACGAAUCACCAAACUUUCCAGGACAUAAAAGCCAUGAAAGAGCUAAUCACACGCGUCAAAGGUACUGAGAGGGUGCCAGUGCUCUUGGUGGCGAACAAACUGGAUUUAGAACAUCAGCGUGAGGUGGAUACGGUGGAGGGCAAUGCUCUGGCGCAAAUGUGGGGAUGUCCUUUCGUCGAGGCGUCCGCGAAGAAUCGCACCAACGUCAAUGAAGUUUUUGCGGAAAUUGUUCGCGAAAUGAACUUUAGUCCCGAAAAGGAGAAGAAGAGUUAUUGUUGCUGCAGCAUCCUCUAAUACUUAAUCAAAAGAACAGCUGCACCGGCGGCGGUGGACUGAUGCGGAAAAAUUAUGCACGAGUGUUGACCCUGAGUGGGGGCACGAGUGGGUGGUCGAAGAAAACUUUUUAUAAAAGAGAAACUUUUCAAUAUACGAACAAUCGAAUCAUUCUUGAAUAGAGAGGUAGCGAAAG